AUGGCGAACUGUGGUUUUGAGGAGUUGGCCCAAUGGACUAUGAUUAAACCGAGCUGUUCGAAGCAUACAAAUGCAGUUAUGGGCAUUAUUGAAAGUAGAGUCCUUGCUGAGGCUGCUGCAUGGAUUAUACUUGGGAUAUUCUCGCUCAUCAGACUUCAAGCUGAUUACCUUCUUGUUGUUGGAGUUUGCUUGAGCCUCAGCAUCGCAAAUAUUAUUGGGUUCACCAAAUGCAACAAAGAUGCCAAGAAGAACAUCCAGGAUUGGACAACGAAUGCCCUUCUAUCAGGGAGCGUCAGGUCGCAUCUGCAGUCAGCAUUUGGUGUCUGA